AUGUCCGAAGAAGAGGCAGAGGAAGGCCUUACGACUGGAACCGUUGGCCAAUCGAUUGAUGUGAGCGAUGGCGGGGCCAACAGUCCAUUGGCCACCGAUUUGGCCGCCGAUCGCUAUAUCGACGACAAAAUCCGUGUGUUUUUCAUCGAAACGAAGACAUUUAAGUCGAGCUCUCAGUCGGCGCCGAGUAUUGGCCGCCAACCGAAGGCAAUGCAAAUGGCGUUCACUUCAAUGAAAACCUAUAAAUUCGACGCCAAUUGGAUCAAAGAGGAAGAGGUUGUGCUGAACCCGUGGGCCAACGGCUUCCGGAACUGUCUCUUCAUCAGCGACUCGUUUGACGGCAAAGCCUUUGAGUACUUGCGGUCGAAAAAGGCCCGAAUCAUUAGUCCGCUCGUCAUUCUCUACUGCUAUUCCUCUGAGUGUCUCAAUCGCUUCAAAUCCAUUCCCGAUAAGCCGUACCCACUGUUCAGCCAAUGUAUGCGCAAACUCUUUGUCUCCAUCUCCGGCUUCGAAGGCCACCGAAAGCGGGAACUGAUCGGCAGAAUCGAGAAAAUGGGCGGCAAUUACUCGCGAGACUACACGAAACGUGUGUCACAUCUGGUGUCCGAUUCCGUGCGUACGAAGAAGUAUCGAGUGGCCAAACAGUGCGGUUCGGCCGUAGUGUCCAGCCAUUGGGUCGACGACUGUUGGAAUAUAUAUCAACACAAUUACAGCGGCGCCGGCGAAGAGCCCAUUGUCGACAAGUAUCGGCUCAAACUGUUCAACAAACUAUUGAUUACCGUUUCGCAGGUGGAUUUGCCGGAGAGGAACCAAAUCACGGACAUUGUGAACAACAACGGAGGCGUUUACAGCCCGAGCCUCAAACUCAAUGCAAACAAUUGCUUACUUCUACUGAAGGAGCCGUCGGGAGAGAAGUAUAAAUACGCCAAAAUGAAACACAUCCCGUGUCUGGACGUCCAGUGGCUCUACGACUCGGUGGCCAAAGGGUUCACACAAUGCGAAGACAAUUACGUGAUUGGCUCCAAGUGUCAGUCGUCGGCCCAAAAGUCAGCCCAACGGACGCCCAAUACUUCAAAACAAUUGCAUAAAUUAGACUCAAAUAUAUUGAAUCACACGUUUGAGAGCCGAUCCGAUACCAUCACCACAACCAUCACUUCAGUCCCAAAUACAGACAACAUUUGCCUCUCCGGUGACGCAAACACCGAAGACAUCGCCAAACGAAUCGAUGGUUUGAGUACAUAUCGGACGAGUGACGAGCCAUUCCUCGAGGGUUGCGAUGUGUUUGUCGUCGGAUUCAAGAGACCGGACUUUGAAGUGAUUAAAUCGGCGCUCAUAUCGAGCGGAUCCAUGGUUUACAACGACUUCAAAGACAUGAUCACUCACGUGAUUGUCGGACCAAAUGUGGACGAGUCCGAGAUUCACGACAUGUGCGACAACAAGUCCUGCAAAUUAGUGACUAUCGAGUGGCUCUUCCAAUGUCUGAAGCAAAACGAGUGCUACGAUUGUACGCAAUACGAGAUUAAGAGACCGAAGAGUGACAUCAGAUCCAACGGCUCGCAGAAUAAGCGCCGAAAGACUGAACACAUGUUUGACGGCCCGUUGACUGUGGUCUCGACUCAAGCCAUGAAAAGGGGUUCCGCACACGAGAAGAGCAGUAAAUUCAACUCAAAGUACAAUCAUUUGUCAAUAGGCGUGGGAUUGGGUUUGAAUGACCCGAUGGACGUCCAAUGGGACGACUCCUCAUCUCAAUGAAGAGAUAAACAUUUAGUAUAUUUAUUAUAUAAUCUAUUAAUGAAUUUAGGCUUUAAAUUGUAUUAGUCUUAUAACACAUAACGUUUUUAUUGUUCAUUUCACCGGUAUAUCAAAUGUUUCACUGUUUCAUAAUGUAUUUUCACUUUGUUUUUUCUAUUAUUUAAUAGUUUCUAAUUUUGGC